AUUCAAGAAUGAUGCAGUUUAUGUUUGCGGCUUUGGUCUUCCUUGCUCAUGCAAUGAGCAUCAAUGCUGGAACAAACUUUUAUUGGACGUGGAAACUUGAUUGCCCUUCAGGUCAAUCUGUCAGGCAUAUAAGCAGUGUUCAUAGCAACUAUCAUGAGGAUCGUUCAUGGACAUUCACCUGCAGAUCUGACCCAGUCACACAAAGUACCUGUUCUUGGUCUGGAUGGGUAAAUUUGUUUGGCGAAAUGAUCCUUUAUCAAUGCAAAGAUGGAGUUAUUGCGGGUGUGCAAUCGUACCAUAACAAAUAUCAUAAAGACAGAAGAUAUAGCUUCAAAUGCUGUAAAGCCAAAAGUUACACCCGUAUUUGUACUUGGACUGGCUUUGUCAACAACUGGGAUGGUUAUGUGACCUAUGGCGUACGUCAUAAUUAUUAUCUUGUUGGCCUGUUCAGUUAUCACAGCAAAGGCCAUGGAGACAGAAGAUGGAGAUUCCUUACAUGUUAACAAUGUGGAUAAA